CAAUUCAAUUGCCUCGAUACCAAUACUAAUCAUAAGAAACAUACCUAAUAACCUCAAUUGCCUCGCAAAUCAGCACUCUAAUCCCCUAUACUCAUCCGCCAUCAUGUCUCUCUUCCGCACCAUCAUGCGCACAAGCGCAACCACCAUCCGCCCUCUCCACACGACCGCACGCAGGCAAAUGGCCUACAAGCACGACCAGGACCGUGAAUCGCUUCAUCCUACAGCGAAUGAAAACUCAAAGUCUGGAACCGACGAGCAGAUGGUGUCGGAGCACGCCGAUGUUGCCUUUGACCCCAACACGACACGGCCUGAGGAGGCGGCUGAGAAGACAAGGAAGAAGACCAAGUCUAAAGGUCCUGAGGGGGAGGAUGCUUUGCAUGCAAGCGGUGCGAACCAGGAGAUCAGCAAGCCUUUGGGUGACGAGAAGACCACAAAGACCAAGGGCGCCGGCGAGGAAAUCUCAAAGGGAGGAUCCAGUGGACGUGGAAGUGCACCGAAGAAGGGUGACUUGCCCAAGUCCAAGUAAGAGGAAGGGAUGUAAUGAGAAGCUUGUUACAGCUGCGAAGUGCGCAUUGCAUUCUCAUAAUAAGUUUUCCUGACAGGAUCAGAGCGUUAAUAUGAUAAUUGAAUCAUAUAUAACCCAAAA